AUGCCGUAUUACACCAAUGACGACGAUGAGGUCGACGAUUUCAAGGACUACGACCCGAUGCCGUACAGCGGAGGCUACGACAUCACCGUGACGUACGGCCGCUCACUCCCGCCGUCCGACGAGACUUGUUACCCUCUCUCGUCUCGCUCCGGUGACGCCUUCGAGUACCAGCGACCCGUCUUCUCCACCAACCACGAGCCUUCUGCUUAUGACGACAAGGCUCUCAAGACCGAGUACAGUAGCUACUCCCAACCCAAACCCCGUCCCGGAGGUCACGGAGGCGCUCACGUCGAAGGUCAAUACGGCGGAACGAAACCCGAUUAUGGAGGAUCUGGAUCCGGUGGAUCCGAUUUUGCCCGGAAACCUAAUUCCGGCUCUGGCGGAAGAAUUGAGAGCGAUUACGGACAUAAAUCGAAGGAAGAAAGCCACGGCGACAAAAAAUACAGUGGCAAGGACUAUGAUGAUGAUGAGAAGAGUUUGAAGAAGGAGAAGAAGAAGGAUAAGAAAAAGGAUGAUUACAACUCUGGCGACGAUGAGAAGAAGAAGAAGAGCAAGGACCAGUACAAGCACCAUGAUGCUGAUGAUUAUGAUGACAAGAAGAGUAAGAAGAAGGACCAUCAUGAGGAUUAUGAUGAGAAGAAGAGUAAGAAGAAGGAUUAUCAUGAUGAUGAUGAGAAGAAGAAGAAGAAGGACCAUCAUGGUCAUGAUGAUGACGAGAAGAAGAAGAAGAAGGAGUAUCAUGAUUAUGAUGAGAAGAAGAAGAAGAAGGACCAUCAUGAUGAUGAUGAUGAUAAGAAGAAGAAGAAGGAUCACUACAAGCACCACAAGGGCCAUGACGAUGACUAA